GUUUUCGAAUGUUAUUAAGUACAUGGUUCAGUGGCUCGUUGUCCCGCGUAACGGAUAGUUCUCAGACCAGUAUUCUGAGUGUCUCAAAUUACUUUGUGGUGUAGGAAAACUUGUAAAUUUUAUUAAAUACGUUGUUUUGAAAAAUUGACUCACAAUUAAAAGUGUGAACAUUCAGAUUCAAGAAAAAUGUUUCGAAGGCCCCUGUUUCGUUUACAAAAUCAAGAAAAUCAAGGAAUUGGAGACAUUAAUACCACACCACUAAAUUCAGGUACUUCCAGGUUACCAAGAGUAUUGUUGAACAAGUUUUUAAUUCCGAGUGAUGAUGCGAGGUAUUCACAUACCAAUACAGAAACAGCUACUUCCAAAAAUAUCGCUGAAGUCAUCAGGAGAUACCCGCCACCGCUGCCGGAGCAAAACUCCUUUGCAGACAGAUUCAUAAUCCCAAGAAAGAAAUGCAAUAUGGAAGCUGCAAAUUAUCUUCUUACAAGGAAGGUCGAUGAAGGCUCAUCGGACAAUAAACUCGAUGUUUUUAAAGAAAUAAAAACGCUGAACGUGAAAUGGCGGAAGGAGGCUAUGCAUCGCGCGAUAGAGAGGGCGAAUAUUAUACCAGGGCUAGGGCAGAAGCAAGUACUUUACAAUCGCUCAGCAUCGGAGAACAAGUUACCCGGAAUCCUAGCAACGCAACCUAAAGCAUUGUGGAGCGAAGGAGAUUUCAGAGAUGAAAUGUGGAGAUCAACGCCUCGAAAUCAACCUUUAAUAUCUCAGGCGGGCUCGAUAUUAGAUAUUCUUGACGUUCAACGACGUUCACGCAUCAGUCGUUAUUUAAUUGAUUGGAGUUCGAAGGAUAUGAUCGCAGAGGCGAUACGAGAUAAAGUAUCCAUCUUCAAAUCCACCAUGCCACAACUAGGUUCAUCCUUGAAAACUAUGGACGGAGCUGAUGUUUCUUCACUAAAAUGGAACAAUGCCGGUGACCGAUUAGCCGUAUGUACACUGUCGUCUACAGUUAAACUAUACGACGGACAGAAUAAUCAAAUUGUCUGGACCGCAACACAUAAUCAAAUAACUCCGUUCAUCAUAACGAAUCGCCUUUCCUGCAUCUGCUGGUCGCACGAUGAUCAAUUAAUUGCAGUAGGUUCCGCAACAAUAAUCAGAAUUUACUCAGCGAAAACAGGCCAGGUAAUUAAUUCGAUAGAGGCACAUAAUGGAAUAAUAUUAACGAUUUCCAUUUCAUCAAAUGAUUGUUACCUCGUAUCAUCUUCGGCGGAUAAGAAAAUAAGCAUCUUUAAGUGGCCAAAAUUGUUGCAUUAUAUGGAUAUUGAAUACAGUGAUCCUGCUACUGCGGUAGCUUGGCACCCAUACGACGGCAACUUGUUAUGCAUAGGCGGUGGCUGGUCUGAUGCUUCGCUGUCGCUCUGGAACAUGAGCACGCGAAACGUACAGAGCUAUCGUCUUGUUGAUUUUUUCGGUGCCGUGGAAAACUUGGCUUGGAACAAACGUAGCGGAGAACUGGUUGUUCAUUGGGCAUAUUGGGAAAAUGACAUUGAGUAUAAUGUCGUGCCCGUCCUAGGGAGCCUCGACCGUAUUGUCGAUAUGGUACCCAUGAAAAAGGAUCUGCAGGUCAUUUCUCUCGUGUGGAAUGCUGACCACACGCAAUUAGGUGUUUAUACUGGGGAGUGUUUCUAUGUGUGGAACUUCUUCGGUGACGAAUAUCAGUACCGUCAAAGUGGCCGAGAACAAAAAAAAACGAAGGAAAUGAAGAAGAGGCUGGGAGUCAAAACUUUAAACAACAUCCACCGUUUCGUGCGUUAGACUCAUAGCAAAUUAUUGAAUAAUUUUGAAUGAAGUUAUAAAGUUAAAAUUUUUUUAGACAUAUUUAUUUGUAAAUAUUCUAUUUCGUAAUUUGUUCUGUUGAUAUUUCUAUGUAUUUAUUUAUUUAUUUAUUUAUUUUAUUUAUUGAUUUAUCUAUCUGUUCACUUAUUUGUUGCAAUACUUAUUUGUCAAAUGUGUUCUUAAUAAUUAUAUUGUAUUAAUAUGUAUGUCAACCGCGAUGUAUUGGAUAUGGAAAUUCAAUGCUAGAAAAAACGUCAAUUGUUCCUCUUUUAAUAACUUGUUAUUAUAAAAUCAUGGUUUUAUAGAAACUAUUAAAAGA